CGAUCGGCAGCUCUCUGCAGAAUCUCUCCGGAAUAAUGGGCGCCCACGGCUCCAACAUGGACGACAUCCUGGAGGAGGACAUGCACCACUGGUACACCAAGUUCAUGAAGGAGUCUCCCUCCGGGCUCAUCACGCUCUUCGAGCUGAAGACCAUGCUGGAAAUGAACGGGAUGACGGAGGAGGCCAGCAGCUACGUGGACCAGGUCUUCUUCACCUUCGACAUGGACGGGGACGGAUAUCUAGACUUUGUGGAGUACAUUGCAGCCAUAAGUUUACUGCUGAAAGGAGAAAUAAAUCAGAAACUGAAGUGGUACUUCAAGCUCUUCGAUCAAGACGGCAACGGAAAAAUUGACAAAGAGGAACUGGAGACCAUAUUCAAGGCCAUUCAAGACAUCACAAGAAUUUACGAAAUCCCUCCAGAGGAGAUCGUGACUCUCAUAUAUGAGAAAAUCGAUGUCAAUGGAGAAGGCGAGCUGACGCUGGAGGAGUUCAUCAGCGGAGCGAAGGAGCAUCCGGACAUCAUGGAGAUGCUCACCAAGAUGAUGGAUCUUACCCAUGUGCUGGAAAUCAUCAUCAAAGGCCAGCCGCAGAAACGGAUCAAGUGAAGAGG